AUGGCAUUAAAAAAAAGUCAAAUACAAGAUAAUAUCCAUGUUAUAAGUGAAGUUUUUGAAUUAGUUAAAUUUCUUGGUCGUCAAAAUUUACCAUUUAGAGGUCCUAGAAACUCUGAAAGUCUGUAUAAGUGGAACGAUGAAGACAGUUUAAACAAAGGCAAUUUUUUGGAGUUGGUUAAAUUUACAGCCAAACGGGAUGCUACAUUAUACAAACAUUUGAAUGCGGCUAUAAAAAACAGCAAACGCAGAAAAGACAAUUUGGAAAAAAAAUCAUUAAUUUCUUGUGGCAGUGGUUCACUUGUAACUUUAUUGUCUAAAACCACUGUGAAUAAAGUUAUUUUAUCUAUCGUGAAAUCGAUAAGAGAUAGAAUUAAAUUAGAAUUAGGUGAACAAAAUUUUAGUUUACAGAUUGAUAGUACACAAGAUGUUGGUGUUGUAGAUCAGGCAGCAGUAUGCAUCCGGUACAUUUAUGAAGGAGAAGUAAAAGAAAGGUUAUUUGCUUUAUUAAAAGUUGUCGAUUCAUCAGGAAAUGGCUACUAUGAUAUGUUAAAAAAACUUUUUUCUGAACAUUUCAUUAAUUUUAAUCAUAUUAUUGGUGAACAAUUUGAUGGAGCAGCUAAUAUGAGAGGGGAGUAUUCAGGACUACAAUCUAAAAUUAAAAGUCAAGAAAAUCAAAAAAGUGUUUAUAUAUGGUGCUAUAGUCAUGUGCUUAACUUAUGUGUAUGUGAUACUUGUAAAGGCGUAGAAGCUAAAAAACUGUUUGGAUUUUUGAAUCGAUUAUCAACAUUUUUUAGUGAUUCUUAUAAACGUAUGCACAUAUGGUUAAGUGAAAUUGAUUCAAGUUUGGGGUCUAAUAAAUUGAAAAAACUUCAAAAAAUAGGAGAAAACAAUACGCGAUGGUGGUCGCGAGAAAAAGCACUGUUUUGGAUUUUUGAAGGUGAUAAAUGUCUUUUUCCUACAGUUGUAAGUGCUUUGCAUCAUACUUCUAUUUCUAGAAAUUUUGAACCUAAAGUUUGUUCAGAAGCAUCUUCUUUAUUAGAUAAUUUAUGUAAUUUUAAAAUAAUUCUCACAGCUCAUAUAUUUUUGAAUAUCUUUAAAAUUAUUGGGCCAACGUCACGUUAUCUUCAGACAAGAGGUAUGGAUUUAUUAUCAGCUUGGAGUAUGGUAGAUUCUGUUAAACAAGAAAUUGGACAUUCAACCUUUGACAAUAUUUUAGAAAAUUCUGUACAUUUUUCCAACAAUAUGAAUGACUUACUUAAUAGUAUGAAUCUUCCGGAUGAUUUAUUAGUACCAAGUACUUUACCUAUUACUAGACAAAGCAGAAAAAAAAGAAUGUAUGAUGAGCUAUGUGCAGACGAAACACCAGAGUUACCAUUAGACAAGUUCAGAGUUGAAACUUAUCAAUCAAUAGUUGAUCACAUUAAUAAUAUUUUAAUGAACGCUUCACCGACAACAAUCAAUUGA